AUGCUCGCCUUCGCCAGGCUCCCCUUCUCUUUCCUCGUCUCCUCUCUCGUCCUCGCCUGCACCGCGCUUCCCGUCCAGUCUUCCGAGCAUGACCUCCUCGUGCUCACUCCCGAAAACUUCGAGUCCACCGUAGCCGAGGGUGUCUGGUUCAUCGAGCACUUCUCCCCCUACUGCCACCAUUGCCGCGACUUCAUGCCUCUAUGGACGCAGAUAGCCCGGGAGUUUGAAGCCAAGCCCGACCCCGGCAUCCGCCUCGCCCAGGUCAACUGCGCCGUAAACGGCGACCUCUGCGCACAACACAAGGUGGACGGCUACCCUCAGAUGAACCUCUACCGCAACGGCGAGUUCGUCGAGACCUUCCGCAAGUCCCGCAACCACGACAUCCUUACCAACUACCUCACCUCCCAUGCCGAGCCCCGCAACCCACACGCCGCCGAGACUGCUCAGCCGAGCAGCACCACUGUGGAGGCGGCGGAGCCCGAGAACGACGAGCUGGUCCAGGAGUUCGCCUCGCACAAGGACGCGAACCCGGGGGGCAUCGUACUCUCGCUGGACGAGAGCAACUACCAGAACACGAUCGACGAGGGCCACGUCUUUGUCAAGUUCUUCGCCCCUUGGUGCGGCCACUGUAAGAAGCUUGCCCCCAUCUGGAACCAGCUCGGUGCCGCGAUGCAGCACAGACUCACCAUCGCUGAGGUCAACUGCGAAGCGCAUAGCGCGAUUUGCAAGAAGGCGAGCGUCACCGGCUACCCCAUGCUCAUCUACUUUGGCGGCAAGGGCUCUGGAAACACUGAAUACACUGGUGGCCGCAAGUUCGACCAGCUGAAGGCAUUCUCAGACAAGGUUUCUGGCCCUGGUGCACAAGAACUCAAGUUCGCAGAUCUGGAGAAGACCGUUGCGGACAGCCCUGUGUUCUACCUUUUCCUCCACACCUCGGCGCAGAAAACCAUCUUCUCGCAAGUCAUGGACGCCUCCAACGUCCUCUUCGGCUCCCCCGCGUUCUACACCUCUACCUCGAGCGCCUUCUACGACCACUUCAACAUCCCCAAGGGCACCGCCGCCAUCCUCGCGCUCAAGGACCACGACUCCGCCGUCCCCGCCGCGGUCCACACCAUCCCAGCCCUCAUCACCACCACAUCCGAGCGCCAAGAGCUCGUCGACUGGCUCGUCCGCAACCGCCUCCCGACCGCGCUCGAGCUCGAGCAGGACAACUUCCAGGACAUCAUGAACGCCCAGCACAAGCCGCUCGUCGUCAUCGCCCCCGCCGCCAAGGACUCCAAGGCCGCGACGGCGAAAGCCGUCACCGACCUCGCCCGCCAGUGGCGCGACGCGAAGGAGACCGCCCCCGUCGUCUUCGCCUGGAUGGACGCCGACCGCUGGGGCGCGUGGCUCAAGAGCAUGUACGGCCUCCGCGCCGGCGCCGGCGCCGGCGCGCCCGCCGUCGUCGUCGCGAACCACGCGCGCCUCGUCUACUGGGACACGGACCCCUUCGGCGAGAAGCUGCAGCUCUCGCAGUCGAGCCUCUUCCCGACGAUCAACAGCGCCGCGCACGGCACGCUCGCCUACAAGCACUCCGAGAACGUCGUCGAGCGCCUCGCGAGGUUCCUCAACGGCAAGCUCAUCAGCCUCGAGACCUACGUGAGCACCAACCCAUGGCACACCGCCUUCUUUGCCGUCGCCGUCCUCGUCGCGCUCGGUCUCGGGGUCCGUCGGCUUCUGGCAGACGAUGAUGCGAGGGAGGGGGGAUACUAUCGCAAGGGCGACCGCCUCGACUAG